AUGGCACCCAAACAUGGCCUCAACUCUCUGCAACCACCCGAAGACAAUCACAAGCGCGCAAAGACCUCCUCGAAUCCAGCAUCGCGGAGUGCGACGCCUGCCGAACAAAUCGGCGCCAAGGUCCCUUUUGUGGUACAUUACCCGAACGUGAGCACGAAGAAGAAGCUCUCGAAGAAAGAGCAGGAGCUGGUUGACAAUGCCGAGUUCCAGAUCUCGCCUUUUGUUGCUAAGGGCAGGGCGAAGGAAGGAGAGCUGGAUCAGCACUAUACGGUUACGCCGAGUACUGAAUGGGGCGAGAUGAAGAAGUAUAAUAAUUUCAUAAUUCAAGGAGAUACUUAUAAAAAUAAUCACUUCGUCUAUGUACGGAGUGACGAGACGCCAAAGGAGAUUGACGAGGAGAAUCUGAAGGUAUUUUGGGUGGCUAGGAUAUUGCAAGUUAGGGCGCAAAACGCACAGCAUGUAUAUGCACUGGUUGCGUGGAUGUACUGGGCAGACGAAUUGCCUCCUCCAAGAGUGAGAGCUCCAGAUCAAGUAUCGGCGUUAGGGGGGAAGCGGACAUAUCAUGGCAAGCACGAGUUGAUUGCGUCGAAUUAUAUGGAGGUUCUGGAUGUGCUUUCUUUCGCAGGCAAGGCAGAGGUGGUUGAAUGGGGGGAAGAGGACGACAAUAUACAAUCGAAGUUGUACUGGCGCCAAACAUUCUGUCGCGAAACACAAGAACUUUCUAAACUCCGAGAACAUUGCGUUUGUAAAGGCCACUUUAACCCCGAAGUUUCCAUGUUCAUUUGCGACAACCCCUCCUGCAAAAUCUGGCUACACAAAACAUGUCUCAUAAAUGACAUCCUCAGGAAGACAUACACGAAGCUCGUGGGCACCGAACCCGAGAUCAACGGCAUCGCAAAACCAAACGGCAAGGGAGGGAAACUAAGCAAGAGCAAACCAUUCGAUGGUAAAUUUUCAGCCAAGAUCAAGGAUCAGGGAGAUAAUCCUCCAACGAUUCUCAUUAAGGAUUUAAGAUCUGGUCAGAAGUCGAGGGAAUGGGAGGAAAGCAUCCCGUGUCCAAAGUGCGAUACGAUCUUACAAUAG